AUGGCGGCAGUUGGAGGUAGGCAGCUAGCUGUCGGAGGCGAGCUGACAGGCGGCGGAGGCUCAGAGAGCUGGGGAUUUGCAGAGACUGUUGCCCUUUUUCGUAGAUGCCGAUCUGUCUUCUCAAAUCGAUCGGCUUCGUCCGAGAGUCGAUGUUUCAGUUCUCAAACUCAACAGCCCCUUUCGGUUGAUGGAGUGGAAGUGGAAGAAACCAUUGGAUUGAACAAAAUGUGGCAGAACAACUGGGAAGCCGACAAAAUGCCUGAUUUGAAAAAUGCCGCACUUGCAAGGUUGAGUGCUGUGCAUAGGAGCCUUAAGGUUGCCAAAUCAGGUGUGAAGAAGAAGAAAAGACAGGCAGGCUGCUAAGACCACCCGAGGUAGGAGGUGAACUUAAGAAGAUGUGAUUUUUGCAUGAUUAAUGGA